CCGAGCAAGACUACGGCCUUCACAGGUUCACCGCUCCCAGGACCUUCGCUUCCAACUUUGACGCCAGUUCCCAACCUCUUCUCUGUUCCCAUCUCCAACCUCCGGCACCGUCACCAUGGUCGAUGCUUUUAUCGGAACCUGGAAGCUCGUUGAAAGCGAUAAUUUUGAUGCCUACAUGAAAGCUUUGGGUGUGAAUUUCGCUACUCGCCAAGUUGGGAAUGUUACCAAACCGACGAUUGUCAUCAGUAAAGAGGACGAUAAAAUAGUGCUGAAGACCCUGAGUACCUUCAAAAAUACUGAAAUCACUUUCAGACUCGGGGAAGAGUUCGGCGAGGUCACUCCUGAUGACCGAAACUGCAAAACAACGGUGACUUUGGAAGGUGAGAAGCUUGUCCAUGUUCAGAAAUGGGAUGGAAAGGAAACGACUUUUGCCAGGGAGAUCAAGGAUGGUAAAAUGGUGAUGACCCUCACAUAUGACGAUAUUGUUGCCGUUCGUACCUAUGAGAAGGCAUAACGUUCCAUGGGGAGCGAGCCCCGGGCCCCUGUCAGAGCAAUCGGGUCCGAUUUAUUGGACUCCCAGGACAGUAUCUGAAAUCUGGAGCGGUCCUUCCUCUGGCAUUUCUGUAACUUACAGGGAUUUCCAUUGGGGGUGGGGGCUGUGAGUCCACGGACCUUUUUUUUGUAACAAGAUUCGAAAAACCGCAUUUUAUGUUGUACAAUGUAACAGGAAUAACAACUUUUGUAAUAUCUGUACAUCACUUAACCACUUUUUUUUUAUAAAACGGAGUUCAGUUGUGGAAGGCCUGUCUUUUAGUCACAAUGACAAGUUGAAAAGGUUAAUAAAAGAGUUGCUCUGAAA